AUGGCCAAAACAUUUGACUACUCGCUCGAUGUCAACCCAAGAAAACUGGCAUGGAGUUUCAACGGCGAUAGGAUUCAUGCAUCCAUACCCAAGUGUGUUGUUGCUAGGUGGAGAGGCAAUAUCUUUGAGUUCCAAAUGUACGUUAUGCGUAACUUCAUAGUUGUGGGCAACAAAACUAAGCCAAGGACUACCAAUAGCAACUGGAUACUAAUGUUUUUCCAACGGAUAACGGUCACACAUGUAAACAACCCAAGCUAUCCUCUUGAAGCAUUCCGUUUCAGGUCUAUUUCGGAUUUGUUGAAUGCUGAAAGAUUGGACGAUACAUAUCUGUUUGACAUGAUUGCUGAAGUAGUUGGAAAGGAAGAUCCAGGGGAUUUGGUUACCAGUACAGGCAAGGAAACCAAAUGUAUGGCUGUUGUGUUAGAAGACUUAGAGAACAACAGGAUUGGGUAUACUUUGUUUGGGGAGAUGGUGGAUCAAAUCCGACCACACCUUGAAGAAGGAAGUGUGGAACCCCUUAUUGUUGUGCUGUAA